AGGUCAGUUGCAAACCAAUUAUCUUCAAACAGGCAAGUAAUCGCCUGUCUGCUCCUUAAGCUAUGUGGAUUCCUUCGCUGUAGGCCAACUCAUUUUCACACGUUGACUGUGACUGUUAGGAUGAAUCCGAAUGACAUGAGCGCUUGGAAUCUAGGUGGGCAACCACCUCAACAACAAUACCCAGGAUAUCCGGGUUAUCCAUCCGGUCCAGCAGGCGGCGGCCCAGGUUACCCUCCGCAAAGUUACCCAGGUGGUCCGGCCGGGGGAGUACCCGGUUACCCUUCACAAGGAUAUCCAAGUGAUCAGACUGGAGGAAUCCCUGGAUACGCUUCACAAGGAUACCCACCCGGCCCAGCACAAGGUUACCCACCAGCUCCAGCUGGAGGUCCUGCUGCUGGCUUUCCACAAGGCUAUCCAGGCGGACAAUCCAUGGGGACACCUGGCGGGCCCCUGACUGGAGGUCUGGGCGCUUGUGGCGCAGGCUUCCCAUCCGGACAAUCGUCUGUUGUCCCCGGACAUUUUAUGUCUAAUUACGGUCAACCACAGGCUGCGGGACCUAACGCGCAACACUCUAGACCGACACUGGUACCCUAUCCGCAUUUCAAGCCCGAGGAGGAUUGCGAGAAGUUGCGCAAGGCGAUGAAAGGCUUGGGCACUGACGAGAAAGCCAUAAUCGACGUAUUCGCACAUAGAACAGCUGAUCAACGUGUGCAGAUUGUGAACAAGUUCAAGACCAUGUACGGCAAAGAUUUGGUCAAGGAGUUGAAGUCGGAGUUAUCUGGGCACUUUGAGGAUGUGGUCGAGGCAAUGUGUUACCCGCUGGACGAAUUCGAUGCCAGGGAGUUAAGGCGCGCAAUGGAGGGGGCUGGUACCGAUGAGGACACGUUGAUUGAAAUCUUAUGCUCCCGGAACAACGCACAGAUACGAAAAAUUAAAGAAACCUAUUCAAGAGUGUUCAAAGGACGCGAUCUGGAGAAGGAUUUGAUCAAGGAAACAUCUGGGCAUUUCAAGCGCAUUCUGGUUAGUUUGGUUCAGGCAAAUCGUGACGAAAGUACCACAGUGGAUCCAAACGCCGUGCAACAAGACGCGAUGGCAUUGUACAAUGCUGGGGAGAAACAGCUGGGCACAGACGAAUCCACAUUCAAUCUCAUUCUGGUUUCCAAGUCAGAAGCCCAUGUGCGUGCGGUUAUAGAGGUAUAUGGGUCAAUUAGCAAACGUGACUUUGAAACUGCCCUCAAAUCAGAGAUGAGCGGUGAUCUACUGCAAUCGUUUCUGAGCGUCAGUAAGUUGAACAGUAAUAGCUUGUCGAAUUUUUUCAAUCACUAUGCAUUGUUAGCUGCACAGAUUUUACGAUUUUUCUGUCCUUGCUCCUCGGCGGUGGCAUCGUUUACCGCGGGUCUAUACCAAUUAUUACUUUAA